CGCGACAGGGCGGCGGACUGCGGGCCGGCCGGCCGGCCUCCGAGAGAGCCGAGCGCUUCCGGUGCUUGUGGUAGUUUUCCCUCAAAGGACAGAAGGAAACCAUGUCUUCAAUGGCUUCGUUGGUGUCUUAUGAUGAUUCUGACUCAGAGGCUGAGACUGAGACUGUGGGAAGUUUUAAUGCUGCUCGCCAGAUGAAAGAUGCUUCUGGUGUGGCUGAACCUCCUGGGCAGGAUUUUGCAUCUGGUAUCCUGGUUAGAACAAAAGAGGAGGUGCAGUCCACGAAGCAUAGUUUUCGUGAAGACCCGGGGAGCCAUCGUCUCCCACUGGCUCGGCUCGGGAAAGGUGGUUGGGGAUCUUGUCCUAGCCAGAGGCUACAGUGGCCCAGGAAGGAGCCUGAAGUCACCUUCCCCACCAGUGAGUCUUCUCAUCCUUCUCUGUGGAUGACCGGCGCUCCGGCCAGCCACAUGCCCCUGGCAGCUGCCCACUUGAAGCAAGUAAAACCCUCUUGGGACUUCCCCAAGUUAUCUUCCCGUGCUCAAAGCGAACCUGAAACCAUAGGUAAAAAUGGCACCUCUUUUCAGAGGAAAAGGCAUGAGGACUGUGUGGUACCAUAUACCCCCAAAAGACUAAGACAGCAGCAAGCAUUAAGCACGGAAACUCGCAAGAAUAAAGGUGCAGAGCCACAGGGUACUUCUGUGGGGUGUGCCCCUGCCCCUCUCUGUGUGGCCCCCAGAGUGUCUGAAUUUAUUCAGCCAUAUUUGGACAGUCAGUAUAAAGAAACCAAGGUUCCCAGGAAAGUGCUUUUCCAUCUGAGAAGCCACAGGGGCCCUGUCAACAGCGUUCAGUGGUGUCCAGUCCUUUCUAAGAGCCAUAUGCUUCUCUCAACUUCUAUGGAUAAAACCUACAAGAUAUGGAACGCUGUGGACUCAGGGUGCUGCUUGCAGACCUAUUCCCUGCACAAUGAGGCGGUGCGGGCUGCCCAGUGGUCUCCUUGUGGCCGGCGCAUCCUCAGUGGUGGCUUUGACUUCGCCCUGCACCUGACAGACGUCGAAACAGGAACUCAGCUAUUCAGUGGUCAAAGUGGCUUUAGAAUCACUACCUUGAAAUUUUAUCCAAAGGACCACAAUAUAUUUUUAUGUGGAGGUUUCAGCUCUGAAAUGAAAGCUUGGGACAUCAGGACUGGCAAGGUGGUGAGAGGCUACAAGGCAACCAUCCAGCAGACCUUGGACAUCCUCUUCCUCCAGGAAGGCUCUGAGUUCCUGAGCAGCACAGAUGCUUCCACCCGGGACUCCGCUGACCGCACCAUCAUUGCCUGGGAUUUCCGGACCUCUGCCAAAAUCUCCAACCAGAUUUUCCAUGAGAGGUACACCUGCCCCAGCCUCGCCUUGCACCCAAGGGAGCCUGUGUUCCUGGCACAGACCAAUGGCAACUACCUGGCCCUCUUCUCCGCUGUGUGGCCCUACCGCAUGAGCAGAAGGCGGCGCUACGAAGGGCACAAGGUGGAAGGCUACUCGGUGGGCUGUGAGUGCUCCCCAGGCGGUGACCUGCUGGUGACGGGCAGCGCUGACGGCCGGGUCCUGAUGUACAGCUUCCGCACCGCCAGCCGGGCAUGCACACUGCAGGGGCACACGCAGGCCUGUGUUGGCACCACCUACCACCCUGUGCUGCCCUCCGUCCUCGCCACCUGCUCCUGGGGAGGUGACAUUAAGAUCUGGCACUGAACCUUUCAAUGCUGGCCCUGCCCCUUGGCUCCCUUUCUUCCUGGGGGUGUGGGUGUGAGUCAGCACUGAGGUUGGCUUUUGGGUCAGACCUGGGUGGAGGCUGCCUCUACCACCAUCUGAGCCUCAAUAUCCUCAUCUGUAAAAUGGGGACAAAGAUCUGUUUGUCUCAGGGUUGUGAGGACUACAUUAGUGAAAGCACCUGGCAGGUGGCCGGU